AUGGACAGUCCCCGUAACAGGACAUACCUCCAACAGGUUGAGCGCCUUUGGAAGGUCUGGAAUGUCACAGAGCCGCCUCUUGACGUAGCGACGUUAAUUCCGUCGCUUGCAGCUGACCGUACAGCCGGGGGCGACUACACAGGAACCAUCAUCACCACAAUCCUGUGUCUGUUUAGUGUCGUAGGUACGCUCGGCAACGGACUUGUUCUUUAUGUAUUCACGCGCACCACCGGCAAACUGACGUCAACUAUAUUUAUUUUGGCUCUUGCGGGUACAGACUUUGUCACGUGUCUCGCCAUAAUUCCCCUCACAGUCAUAGCAAUCCAUGUACAAUAUGAGCUCAUGUAUGACGGCGUGUGCAAGUUGUACCAGUUUCUGAUCACGUGCACAGUGCCAUUGUCGGCGUUCAUUAUGGUUGCAAUAGCUGUUGACAGGUACAUUUGCAUCUGCCAUCCAUUUUCGCACGUGAUGACGGUCUUGCGGGCGAAAGUUAUAGUAGGUGUUCUUGCGUGCUUUGCCGUCAUUCUAGGAUUAAUAACCGCCCUCGGCCAAGGCGUCUACCAAGUCGUGAAUAGGAAUGAAACACGAGAUCUACCAUAUAACGAGUCAAUCUCAAGCAACAUUGAUUUUGGAUCCAAUGAAAACUACACACAAGUUGUAUAUAAUGGAACAUGCGACGCAAAUGCGGUUAUUGUUUCGCGCAGCUUUACAAAAGUUUACCAAAAAAUAUAUUCUUCGUUUUAUCUGUGUUCUUUGAUAAUUGUGCUGAUACUCUACUGCUUAAUAUAUAGUUCGGUUACCCGACAGAGGGCCAAGCGAAGAGCACAAAAGAAAGAGAGCAGGGUUAAGCAGGUUAACAUGCAGUGUCAAACAGACGAAAGUACGAUGCCUCUAUCACAUACACCAUUGCGCAAAACAAAGAAGGACACGGUGAACAAUUUACACGUAGAGAUGGAAGGACAGACAGUCAGCACAACACUGACAAUAUCAAAUAACCAUGAACAUGGACGUACCGAAAUGUUGGAAACGAAACCAAUUUGUACUACGGUUGUUAGAAGGUCUAACGAUGUGGAGAGACAAAAAGAGAAGAAAGACCAUAACAGACUGGCGAACAUUAAAACUGCGAUCAUGUUGUUUAUUGUGACGAUUGUGUUUAUUAUCGCUUUUCUACCAGCCUGGUUGAUGGCCCACGAAUGGUUGGCAUUCGACACUAUUGUUUUCUAUAUGUACUUUGUGUACAACGUGGCAAACCCAGUCAUCUACGCGUUCAUGAAUCAGAUGUUUCGCGAUAACUUAUGCACGAUUAUCAGUAGCUGUCGCAUGUAUUAUAGGAGUCGUGAAAACUAAUACAUGCAUUUUAAACCUACCGCCAAAUUCGUAAUGAUUUAUAAAUUCCCAGUCUAUACUCACAAACAAUUUCCUCUCAACCAAGAUAGAGUGCCCCGCGCCCUAAACAUGUCUUAAACUCAACUGAUGUAAUAAGAUGUAUUUUUUAAGCGUGUUAUUCAUUGUCGGCCUUACACACUUGCAUUGAAUCUAUUCUUA